UCCCCGGAAGCUGUGGAGGCGGGAGAAGCACUGGCCAGGAACCAGAAAGACUAGGUUCUCCUGUGUAGGGGGACCCUUUGUUUUUCACUCCGUCUCGCUCCCUUGCACCCUGCGGGCCUUUAGGGACAGGCGUACGAGUGGAGGUCAUGGCGCUGGCCUCGCGACUGUGGCGCUUUCUUUGCUUGGGACAUGGGGCUCCGGGGCCUCGAUUCCCCCUGAGGACUCCGGGCGGCCGUGGGCAGUGCGGGCUCCGGUCAUUCCGCUGCUCCGAGGUGAUAGGAAAUCCAGGAACUUUCAAAAGAGGCCUUUUGUUCUCAGCCUUGUCUUAUGUGGGUUUUGAAACUUACCAAGUCAUUUCUCAGGCUGCUGUAGUUCAUGCCACAGCCAAAGUUGAAGAGAUCCUUGAACAAGCAGACUACCUGUAUGAAAGUGGAGAAACAGAAAAACUUUAUGAGUUGCUAACUCAGUACAAGGAAAGUGAAGAUGCACAGUUACUGUGGCGUUUGGCGCGGGCGUUGCGUGAUAGGGCACAGCUUAGCAGGACUUCAGAAGAGGAGAAGAAGCUGCUUGUGUACGAAGCCCUUGAGUACGCAAAAAGAGCACUGCAAAGAGAUGAGUCGAGCUUCGCUGCCCAUAAGUGGUAUGCAAUCUGCAUUAGUGAUGUUGGAGAUUACGAGGGCAUCAAGGUUAAAAUUGCAAAUGCCUACAUUAUCAAGGAGCAUUUUGAGAAAGCAAUUGAAUUGAACCCUAAAGAUGCCACCUCAAUUCACCUUAUGGGUAUUUGGUGCUAUACUUUUGCUGAAAUGCCUUGGUAUCAAAGAAGAAUUGCUAAAGUGCUGUUUGCAACUCCUCCUAGUUCCACCUAUGAGGAGGCCUUGGGCUACUUUCACAGAGCAGAACAAGUGGAUCCAAACUUCUACAGUAAAAACUUGCUUCUUUUAGGAAAGACAUAUUUGAAGCUAAACAACAAAAAGCUUGCUGCUUUAUGGCUAAUGAAAGCCAAGGACUAUCCAGCACAUACAGAAGAAGAUAAACAGAUACAGACAGAAGCUGCUCAGUUGCUUACAGGUUUGUGACAAGAACUGAAAACUUUUCAGAGAAGAAAAUAACCCAACAAACUGCCUUUUCAUGCAAUUACAAAUAUAAUACAUUAACCAGACUGUUA